UAUUAUUGAUAACGCUACUUUUUUACCUUUAUAAAUAAGGAUGCUCUCAGCUCAGCUGCAUAAUCAUUCGUAAAUAAUUCAUUGAUGUUUAGAUCGAGUAAAUCAUCGUUGAGUUUUUCCAAAUUAAUUGUUUUAUUGUUCGAUUUGAGCAGAAUUACGUGUUGUUCAGUUCCAGAAAACUUUUCGUGUUCGUAAAAAACAAAGAUACUGUUCCACUUCUAACGACAACCCAAUCGAAUCAUCAUGGGUAUCAGCGUUAUUCCUGGUUUAUUCGAUGAAGGCAGUCUUCCAGCAUCCGACGAUUCGUGUAAAACACUCGCAGAUGUCCGUAAGACGGGCAAAAACUACAGACACCCCGAUUCAGCCCUGAUUCGUUAUCCUUUGGUGGUAGCAGACGAAGAGGGAAUAGGAUCCGUUCCCAUAGGUGACGAUUACCUGAACAUCGCUAUAAUCGGCGCCGGAGUCGCCGGUAUCGCUUCGUGUUACGAAUUAUCCAGAUUAGGAAACAUGAACAGAAUCAAACUCACCAUGUACGAGGCCGAUCCAGCGAAUUGUAUUUUCACUUCGGAUGCCACCCAAUUUGCUCUUGAUACGGAAGGGAAAAAAGCUGGUAGGGUUUUCGCUGCUCGAAGCUACGAUAUAACUGAUAAUUUAAAACACGAUCAUACAGUUUACGAAAUUGGCGCGAUGAGAUUCCCGGAAAUAGCCGGUUUGACUUGGCAUUAUGUUGGCGAGGUGUAUGGGAAUGAUAAGACAGUGAAAGUGUUUCCCAAUCCUGGAAAAGUGCCUACUGAAUUCGUGUUCGGGAAUCGUACAGACCGAUACUCUCCGGAAGCAUGGUUGGAUGAGCAUUCGCCUACAAAAUGUGUACGUGAUAUUGUACGUAGUGGAAUAUUUGGAUCAGCUACCGGUAAAGAUGUCAGUUAUUUCCCCAUUGGUGGUAUAGAUCCGGCCAAAAUAAGCGCCGAAUUGAAAAAUGAACAUACGUCGGUCGCACGAUUGGAGCAGAUUAGAGAUUCGUGGAAGUGUUUCGUCUCAAUUUAUGACGGUCUAACCUUGGAAAUGGCCGUACGAAAGGUUGUCCGUGAAGAAAUUCAAAGGUUGCCGAACGUCGACGGAUUAGGCGAAGGUUCGAGCGAAGACAAGAUCAAUUAUUACUCCGAGUUAUUCGGUUGUUUUGGUUUCGGUACAGGGGGAUUCAAAUCCAUACAGAAAACAUCGUUGGCCGAAAUGAUGAGAUUACUUUUAUGGGAUUACUCGAACGAGUUCAGCUUACCGGAGGAAGUCAAAGAGAAUGUCGAAUUCGUUAAAGAACUUUUCUUAAAAUCGAUACGCAAUGGAUUGUACGUAAAAACGAAGAAAGCUCGAGUUUGCGACGUUUGUCAUUCUGGUCGAAAUGGUAAAGCGUUAGUAUUUUCGUACAGUACUGAUCCGGACGAUAAAAAUACUCAAUCUGCUGCGAAAAUGGAUGAAUACGACUUCGUUAUUCUGGCCAUACCGCCGAAACAACUCAACUCCAUGAUAAGUCGCGCUGGAUUUAGUAACACUGCUGCGAAAUUCAUACGUUUCGGUGAUCACAACAGACCACAUGAACAGGAUAUUCUGGCACGACCUCCGUUGGUACUGUCUAAGGCAUUUGACGGGCCAAAUGCUGAAAUUUUCACCGCUGUAAACCAAGCUCACUUGAUAACAUCGUCGAAAAUAUUCUUAACCAUGACGAAAGAAGAUUUGUUAAAAUAUGCGCCUAAAUUCAAUGGCACCGAAGAAAAACAUGCUAUCAAAGCCAUCGUAUCCGAUUGCGGUCUAGCGUCUACCUACUUCGUCCCGAGUCCGAUAUUCGAAAAGAAUGCCAAAAAAGCCAAAAAAGGAGACCCUGUAUAUUACAGUUUGAUGCUGAGUUACAAUUGGGAAGAAGACACCAAACGUAUGCAGCAUCAAUUUUUCCAAUAUCCGAUAAAUAAAGACGCUUCGGAUGAAAACAAAAAGAUGAUCGAGGCUGCCAUUGAACGUACCGUACGCCAUGUGAAAGAUCCGGAGACUGGAGAAUACAAGCCUUGGUGGUUUGGAGAAUUGUUGCGAAAUGCUAAAUUGAGCGAUGGGUUAUCUCACGAUUGGACUACAGAUUAUACAGCCGGUGCGUUCAAAUUGGAUACUCCAGGAUGUCAGUACAACAGCAGUUUGUGUUUUCGUUACCAUACUCAUGCUCUCGAUUGUUCGCUGGAUAAUCGGUUUUUCCUCGCUGGGGACAGCUAUAGUCAUCUGGGUGGUUGGAUCGAAGGGGCGUUUAUAAGCGCUGUGAAUGCGGUGACUGGUUUGGUUACUGCUGCGAAUCAUGGCAGGGUUAAUUGUUUGACGCCCGAAGCUCGAAAAGUUAUUUUAUCUUUGGACAAUGUGGUGAGAUAUCCUAUUGAAUAGUUACUUUAUUACUCUCUUAAUUAAAAUAUCCGCAUAUAUCAUUACCUAUUAGUAUGAAAAAAUCUAAAUAAUUAGAUCAUAUUUGAAUAUCGAAUGAUCUGCAUAAGUACAUAUUAUACUCAUUCAGGUUUAGUAAACUCUUUCUAAAAAGUUUUGAAAAAAUAUCUAAAAAUAGCUACACACAAUGAAAAAAAAGAAAAUUUUUUGAUUUUCACGAAAAAAAAUAACAUUUUAAUUAGAAAAUAGGUCCAAAAUUCAUUUCAAAUAAUUUUUCUUUCCCCAAUGUUCUGAAAAAUAUCGUAAAAAAUAAACGUUUUAACAUAUUUUCUCAUUUUAAACAUCAUUUUUUUAUAAUAAUUUAUAUGUAAGCCUUUUGAAUUUUCUAUUUAUCAAAAGAAAUCAUUAUUUAUUUCUAAAUUCAACUCGAUUGAAAAGAAUUCCUUGCAAAAAUUUAAUUUUUGGAUCGAAUUUUGUUCCUUCAAAUUUGUGGAUACGCAACACGUCCGGCUUAUGUUUAUUUUGUGUAGUCUACUUUUAAACUUAUUACUCACCCACCCAAACACUACAAUUAUACUAUACUUCUUAUCAGUAAUGGUUCCAUAUUCAUUGGGUACUUAAUUAGAUAACUGCUUACAGAUAAGCAUAAUUAUUUAAAUAAGUAUAUCAUUAUGUUUAGGCUAAUAGGUAAAUUCUUCUUGGGUUAAAUUAGGGGUCUACCUAGAUAUAUUUAGAUUUACGAAAAUAAUAUUGUAUUGUAUGACAAAGUACACUUUAAAAUUUCAUCUAUCUAUCGUUAAUCAUUAAUAAAUUAUUUAUUGCAUCGAA